AACAAACUAGACGGAAACAGAAUUUGGUUGGGUAAUCAAGAUCGAUGAAGAUGAUUAAGAUCAUCAAGAUGUCGGAGGCAUUGUGAUUGGUGGAGGUUGGUCAAGGGUUGUUCGAAAAUGAAUGAUUCAAGUACAAGAAAUACCCGAAAAAUGAGAAACCCGCAUGACGACGAAGAAGAGAAAGCUCAUUUUCAAAGAAUUGUUGCGGCUUUCAAAUAUUACAGGGCCCAUUCCCUUCAGCGAGUUGCAAAGACUGAGAAGUAUUUAAGGUCUUUACCAGCUCAUCAUCAGGCGUUGCUGGAGAACUAUCAUCAACAUUUAACAGAAAUCAGAGCCUGCAUUGAAAACAACUAUCAGAUCAUCAAAUUGAUCAUCAAAGAUGUUGCAUACAUGUUUGAGAAUGUGAACCCGACUGGUCCAGCAGAAUCGGGCAAAGCUGUGAGUUUGCACCCAAGUGUAGCUGACCUUGAGAAAGUGCAGGCUACACUUAAACAGUUUGUGCGAGACUGGAGUGAAGAAGGGGCCCAAGAACGAGAGACCUGCUACCAGCCAAUAGUGGAGGAGAUAGUUUCUCACUUCCCAGCAGACUUGUGUGUGCCUCAGGAUGUUCGAGUGCUGGUCCCAGGAGCAGGACUUGGACGACUGGCAUUUGAAAUUGCUCGCCGUGGUUACACUUGCCAGGGCAAUGAGUUCAGCCUGUUUAUGCUGUUCACGUCCAACUUUGUGCUUAACAAGUGCCGAGGUACAAAUGUAUAUCGUGUAUUUCCUUGGGUACACCAGUAUGUUAAUAAUCUGCACCCUGAACACCAGACUCAGGGAGUUUCCUUCCCUGACAUCAACCCAGCAGAUCUUCCACCCAGUGCUCAGUUCUCCAUGGCAGCUGGAGAUUUCCUAGAGGUGUACACUGAAAAAGAUGAAUGGGAUUGCAUCUCAACUUGCUUCUUCAUUGACUGUGCAAAUAACAUUGUGGCAUUCAUUGAGACCAUAUACAACAUCUUGAAGCCAGGAGGUUUGUGGAUCAACCUUGGGCCCCUGCUGUACCAUUUCUCGGAUCUCCCAAAUGAGAACUCUAUAGAACCCAGCUACCAAGUUGUACGUGAGGUGAUUGUUGGCAUUGGUUUUGAGAUAGAGAAAGAGGAGACACAUGUAAAGACAACCUAUGCCCAAAACCCCAAGUCGAUGCUGCGCUAUGAGUAUGAGAGUGUUUUCUUUGUGUGCCGCAAGCCUGCGUUAGAUGAUGACAGGAGUCCCAGUCAGACUGGUGGCCGGUAGCAGGUCACUGUAGUUUGCCGCUGCCUGAAAAUUUAGUGGAUUGAGCAUAGCUGCAGUUAUGUGACAUUCCACCUGUUCAGCCAUGGACGAACUCCUAUCUUUUCAUACUGUGGUCUUCUGGGUUGUGACACCAUGUAGUCUUGUAGGUGGGUAUCACACGUCCUCCAAAAAGUCUGCCUUGAAGAUGAAGGCAUUAUGUUCCUCUGUAAUGCUGGCACCUGCCUAUCAGACUACGUGAUGUCAUGUUAUAACCCAGAAGACUACAGUAUGAAUCUUCACUGCUGUGGAAACUACAAAUCUCAUAACCACUGUCUUGUUUAUGUUGUGCUUCCAUUUAACUUUUUUAUUUUAACUGUGGUCCCUUCUUAUUGUGGAACUAUAUUUAAAAAGGGACAUAAUGUGUCACAAUUGCCAGUCAGCAUCAAGCAAUUCAGAACCGUGUAAAAGUCAUGUGGUAAAAGAGUUAUAUCUGUUUACACAGUUAUGUUUGCUUCACUUUUUAAUGUGAACAGUGUAAUAUGUACUGUAUUCACAUGCAUAAUCAUGUACUUAACAUACGAGGUGCAUUCACCAAAAAUUAUUAUUCCAUGCUUACAUGCACAGAAGUUGCUUUGCAUUUUAAUUGUAUAUCAGUUUAUGCAGCACUCUUACAUUUGAAUCAGUGUCUUAUUAUCAGCUCUGCAGUCAGGCAGUGAUGUGGUGACUCGUAUGUAUGGAUUACCUACUUACCUACCUACCUACCAUUCGGCACUACAGCCCUGGGUGAGCCUUGGCCUCCUCUGCAACUAGUCUCCACAACCAAUGGGUGCUGCCAUAGGAGUGGACCCACACAUGAUGACCCAGUGGUGGUUGUUAGGUUUCUGAACAAAAUUCUUUUUACAGGAUGAGGUUGUUAGCCUCAUACCCAACCCCAUCCUGGAGGACCAGUGUAUCUCUCUUAGUCUGGACUCUACCCUUUGACAUUUCCGGCAUGGGUGACCCUACAGUUGAACUACAACCAGCAUAGCUCUCCAGGUCACAGAGUCAUGCAAACCGCACCACCACAACAGUUGCUCAGCUAGUUAAAAUAUUGACUUUGUUAUGGCACGUCAAAGGGCACUAUAAUUUUUGUGUGGACAUGCAACUGGUCCAUAUCUGGAGCCAAAUAACUCCAAUUGACGUGAUUCUGCUUCAGUCUUUAUGAUUCAUUUUAAUGUUAUUCUCCCACCUGUGCCAAGGUGUUCCAAGUGCCCCCCAGGCUUUUCAACCAGAAUUGGAGCACACUGUAUGAUAUGCCACACCCAUUUCAUUCUCCCUAUUUUGGUCUUUAGAAAAAUGGUUGGUAAAGAGUACAGAUAUGAAGUUCUUCAUGUAUCUUCUCCAGCCUUCAGUUACUUCAAAGAUUCCACAAAGCACCCUCUUUUCAAGCAUCCUCAGUCUACGUUCUACCCUCAAUAUAAACGGGAACUACACUAAUACAUCAGAGUGGACAAAUUGUGGUCUAAAGAGCAUGCAGUGUCUGGCAGUUAAAUCAGAUUUACUGAUUACAGAAUAAAUUUGUGAAGUAUGGAAUUUUUUUGUUUUUUGUUUUUUCCCCCCCACAUAAUUGAAAAGUUAAUGACAUGGCCACCAAAAAUAAUGUAGCUGGGACUGAAUUUAAAGUGAGGGUAACUGGGAUGUAAGAUUCAUGUGUCACAGUGACUUACUGCUAAGAACUUCACCAGAGGCUACCUUCAGACCAUACCACUAAGUACAUGAGUGUAAGAAAUUUAUUAUUCAGCUUUGCCAGAAAAAUUAUCUGCUGCUACAGAUUGGAGAAGAUUGUAUUCAAUUAUGGUAUCCAUAAUCACUGAUGGUUGGAAAAUUCCUGUUUUGUUGAAUCAGAAAAGUGUGAAAACCACAUAGUCUGCUGCAGCUGAUGAUAAGGUGUUAGGAAGGUGUGAAGCAGUAUUUUUUUACAACCUGAUAUAGUUUUAUAACCUGUUUAUUUUGUGUUUUUCAGUGUUUCAGGGUUGUGUUUAUAUUAAAUGGCUCCCAUUUUGAAAAUUGUAUAAGUACAUCAAGAAUAUAGUUCAUCUGUAUGCUGCUGUUUUUGCCUUAUGAAAAUAUUAUCAAGUUUAGUGAAAAGAGGCUGUGUUGCGGAUUUGUGGGAAAUUUAUCUGAUUCCAAAAUUCAUCACAAUUAUGAGAGGUGAAACUUUGGUCAAAUAGUGCAAUGAUUAUUCAUGUAAAUGUGGUAAAUAUUGUAAACUACAUCUGUAAACUUGCUUAUAUUCAUGCAUGUCUCGAGAAAAAGUUUAAUCUCACAGAUGUUGUACACUUAUAUUUUGCACCAUUUGGCUUACGAAGUAUUAUUUAGCCCUGAAUACUCCAUAAGUGAAUGACAUUUAAGUGAUUAGAUCCACAUUUUAGAUAAUUGUCUUGUUAUGUUCCAUUCUUAAAGUAACAAAACUUUAAUUUCAUAUCAUUGGGUUCAUAAUUAUAGGAUGCUCAUGUAUGAUUUAAAUACUCAUAAAAGCUAAAUACAAAGAAAAUGUGUUGAAACGUUCAAGUGCUGGAGGAGGAACACACCAACAUCAAUCUGUUGGCUGGGGUACCUGUAACAUGCUUUUAUAUAGAUCUCAAUAUUUGUCACAAUCUCAGUACUUUAUAUUACAUAUAAAUAAGAGUUAAAAUUGUGCACUAUUAUACACAAAUUAAUUGUUUUAUGGCAAGUGUUAUGUAACUUCAAACAAGGCCAAGAGUAACCAUGAAUGCGCAGAAGAAAAAUUUCAGACAAGCGGGUGGGUUCAAGGGUGUGAGAAGUGACAGGCGGCCAGCUGUUUGUAAGGCACCCCCGAAGCAGGUUAUACUUACGGUUUUUCUAUCAUCUGUUUAAAAACGUCAGUUUCCUUGUGCGCUAAAUGAGUAAGAAAUUAGGUCAGGGUAUAGGUCUACACUUGUUUGAAAUUACGUGACACUGUCUAUAAAUUCCUUUUUGUUGACAAUUGUGUUCAAUAAUUCAAGAUCAUAACUGUAAACUUGUAAUAAAAAUUUUUUCAAAAUGUGUGACUAAGGAAACCUACUAUAAUAAACUAUAACCAUUUCACCAAAUUUAAAAUUUAAAACAAUUCAUAACCCUUUUAAGAGUUCAUAUAUGAUCACACUUUCAGUAUGCUGGGAUGGCCAAUUGGUAGAAAACAUGCUUCCCAUAUAUGGGGAUUAUGAGGAACAUCUGCUACAUAUCAAUAAAUAACAAGUGUCAUGCAAUCUACUUGUGAAAUGAACUCCACUCCUUUACCUCUGUGCAGGCAAUUUUGUUGUUAAGUUGCAUAAUAUGUUGACAUAAUCCAGAUUCUCAACAUGGCAUUGCUGUAAUUUGAACUUGUUCCUCAGAUGUUGCAAUCCUUGAAUGUGAACCACAAGUGUAAAAAGUGACAAGAAAGUAGGGUCAGAUGUCUGUUAUCAUAGGAGUUUGGUUUUUGAAAAUAAAUAUUCUUCUCGUACAAUAGAUACAAUUCCAGAGUGUAUAUUUUAAGCUGGUGCAUAGUUUGCCGCAUGUUGCAGGUAUCUGUACCAUAGGAACAAUUUCCCACAGCAGGAGUUAGGUGUGAGCCCACAGAGCCAUUCUGGAUGUAGUUGUAAAGAGAAAAUUUCUCAGGUCUCCUGUUAACAAUAGUACCCCUCAUCGAAGCCAUAGAUAUUCAUGUGUUCACUACUCAUACUCGUAUAAUGUAAAGCUCAAUGGUCUGUCUGAAAAGUUAUCUUGUAUUCAUAUAUACUGCUAAAGUGAUUCAGUAUUGAUACAUGCAAUAUCAGUGAAUAAAUUUAUAUUUAAUGAAAUUACUAUAAAUUUUACAGCUUUGACACCAACUUAGACAUUAAGCCUCCAGCUAUAACUUCAGGGCUUUCACUAUGUUGGUAGUCCCCCACCCCAAAGUAGAUCAGUUGCUCACUAUUUUACUUACCAGAACUGGUAAGUUAGUGUACAUAAUGAAGUUGAAAACAUUUAAUUAAAUGAUUAAAGAGUCAGUAAUGGCCGACAGACUUAUACUUUAAUCUCCUAAGAGGGACUAUUUGAAAAAAGAAUGCUUUGUGUAUAUGUGGAGUGUGACUUGUGUUCUUCUGUGAAACACACCACUUGUUUGGUGUGUCAGAGUAUACAAGUCAUUGCAAUAUUUGCUGUCAAGUUUUGCCAAGGAAAUAUAUGUGAGAAAAGUUAUAAGAAUUAUAAAUGCUAAUAAAUGAGAACCUUCAAGUACUGUGUGGCACAAAAAAGUGUGAUUGGUGACUUCAGAUAAGUAACAUCCAUUAUUGUGUCAGCCAUUGUUAGGCUUAUGUUGCAAUUUAAUUUUUACAUGGGCUCUGUGGAAGCAUGAAAAUUGUGAACUACUAUGACAGAUUGUUUUGUGGUAAUGAAUGACACUCCUUCUGAUGAACAAGAAAGGUUCUACUGAAAAGCCAUCAUGUUGCAGUGUAUUAGUAGAUGCAGGAGAAAACUGCCAUUUUGUGUGUGGAUUGAAACUGGAUCAGAAAGAAAUUCUGUGUUUGGAAGGGCUGCACCAGCUAAUUUUUUAUGUUUGCAAAGUUAGUCUCUCUUCUUAUCUCAGGACAUUAAGUAAAGAAAUACUGUCUUCUCAGUGGGAGAAUAUCUUAAUUGAGUCAUUCAUAUGGAAUGCAGGAGACCCAGGUUGAGUCCCCAUUCAAGAGGAAAUUAUGUAUGGAAUCACAUAGACUGAGGACUGGAUAAGGUUAAUGUUCUCCCAGAAAAGGCACUAGGACAUCUUCAUAGCUUUCCUCAUGGGGUCAACAAUGUAACAUGAAGUUUCAAGUAAAGACUUGUCAGGAGUGGGAGUGCUAGGAGUGCAUGUAAUUCUGGUAUUUUUUAAUUUCACUUUGUUUCCUCAAGUAGAGAUCUCACUGGUGUUCAGUGUUCUCUGUUGUGGUAUUUGGCUGUAAGCAGUUAUUGGAAUGUCUGUGGAACAGAAGUUCCUCUUGUUUAUUUCAGAGCUUGAUUUGUUUUAUCUUAUGAGACUCAUGUGUAGGGAAGGCAAAGAUAGAACAUAUACUGCAAAUUAUCUGUGUAUUUAAUAGUCAUUUACUCUUUUCCUGAUAUGUUGACAAAGUGGAGUUUUUGACUUCUGGGAAAUGCCUCAAAAUGGCUUAUCAUUAUCACAGCACCAAUUCAAUUGAUUCUGAAUAUUGUGAAUACAGUGAAGAUAAUGGAUUUGAAUUACCAGAUCAGGAUCAUAGAAAUUCAAGAGUUAGAAUUGCUGAAAGUAAUCACUCCAUUUCUAACUAAGGAAAUUCUGUAAGGAAAUGCAUGAUACUUCUGAACCAUAAAACAAAUUAAAGGACAUAUUUUAGGAAGAAACAUGUACCUUUAGACUGCCAGGCGCACACAGAUUUUAGGAAGCAAAGUGUGUGUUUUGUUAUGUCACUUAACAGUCUAUUCUUUUUGUCAAGUUCUAUGAAAACUGUUUUAAGUUUCAAAUGAAUAUUAUGCAUGUGAUGUAGCAAAUGGAGGUGUUCACACCAUGUUAAUAAAUAAAUACAUAUUUCUUUAUGCUUCUCUGUACUCA